CUCCGGUGAUCUCCAUUCUUAUGAAGGUCCGGAACAACUGGAAUUAUUCAAACGUUGACGCUACAAACACCUGGAGACAUGAUGUUGGAUGUGUAGGGUUACAGUAAAUAUCACACUGGGCCUGCACUGUGAAGGAGGAUCUGUGCAGCAGGAUGACUCUCUGGGCUCUGAGGCAACAACUUCUGAGAAGCAGCUGUAGCUGUGCAGCCUGGGGCAGGUUACUGCAGAGGCAGAGCAGUGGCUUGGUUUACUCCAACAUCCAUGGCUACGACCAGCAGGAGGUCAGGGAGAAGCUCCAGGCUUUCCCUGGCGGCUCCAUCGAUCUGCUCAAGCAGGAGUCUGGUGUAGCCGUUCUGACCAUCAACCACCCGACCCGCAUGAACGCCCUGUCUGGCAGUAUGAUGGUGCAGUUGGAGGAACAUGUGAGCCAGCUGGAGAACUGGACAGAAGGGAAAGGCCUCAUUGUCCAGGGUGCUGCAGGAACUUUCUGCUCUGGAUCCGACCUCAGUGCCGUCAGGGCCAUUUCUAACCCACAGGAUGGGAUGAAGAUGUGUAUGUUCAUGCAGAAUGCUCUUACAAGGCUGCUCAGGCUGCCUCUGAUGUCUGUUGCUCUGGUGGAGGGGAGAGCUCUGGGAGGAGGCGCAGAGUUCACCACUGCCUGUGAUUUCAGAUUAAUGGCAUCUGGAAGCAUCAUCCAGUUUGUCCAUAAACACAUGGGACUGGUUCCGGGCUGGGGCGGCGCCGCUCGACUGGUCCACAUUGUUGGAAGCCAGAAUGCACUAAAGCUGCUUGGUGGAGCCAUGAAAGUGGACCCAGAACUUGGACUGCAGAUCAGACUGGCAGAUGGACUCCUGGAGGACCCCCGGGCCGAGGAGGGGGCAGGGACUCCUCUCCAGCAGGCCGAGAGGUGGCUCAGUAGUUAUGUAAAAGGACCUGCUGCUGUGAUUCAGGCUGUGAAGAAGGUGGUGCUGUCGGGGAGAGAGCUCCCUCUGUCCGAGGCUCUGAGGGCUGAGAAGGACGUAUUUGGGACAGUGUGGGGGGGCCCGGCAAACCUGCAGGCACUGGCCAGCAAAUCCAAACACAAAUGAAUUGGCCAAAGUGUUUCCUCUGUAUAUUUACAGAAUCUCAGAAGAGCAGAUCAAACAGAGACAUUGUUAAAGAACUGGACCUGCCUCUCUGGAGAGAGACUGCAUUGACCUGACUGAUCCGAGUGUGCUAUGUGAAGGUAGAAACAGAUAAUAAUGAUUUGUCUUAGUUGGCCAGUGGAAAAAGAAAAUAAACUAUUUAAAAUUAAAUUACAUUCAUAA